CGCCCGCCGCCCGGGAUGAAAUGGAAGGCAUGGAAAGUUCCAGCUGGUUCGAGAAUCCCAGAGACUGCUGCUGCUUUGAAGCGUACGCUAGAAGCCCUGAUGGACAGAGGGGCAGUAGUGAGGAACUUGGAAAACCUGGGUGAACGAGCACUUCCUUAUAAGAUCUCUGCCCACAAUCAAAAGCACAAUAGAGGAGGGUAUUUCUUAGUGGAUUUUUAUGCACCAACAACAACUGUUGAAAGCAUACUGGAUCACUUAUCUCGAGACACUGACGUGAUUAGACCGAAUAUUGUAAAACACCCUCUGACCCAGGAAGUAAAGGAGUGUGAAGGGAUCGUCCCAGUCCCACUUGAAGAAAAACUAUAUUCCACAAAGAAGAGGAAGUGAGAAGAUUAACCACAUUUUAGCCUUAUAUUUAAUUCUCUCAUUUCUGAGCACCAUGGAUUAAUAAUUUACAAGCUUGACCUUUAAAAAAGAAUGUGUUACAGGUGCCAUUUGAUUUUUCUAAGGCAUUUUUAGCCCGUGAUCCCCUUUGCUGUGAGAGGUGGGGGAAUGACUUGCUUAGAGCUACUUUGUAAACUGUGGCACCGGCACAUUCUUAAUUUUGUUACAUUGGUGUAAUUUCUUUGUCAGUGAGGUCUUUUUGCUCUGCAACAACACUAACCGCCAUUUUGAACCACAAAACUUAAAAAACUGCCUUGGAUUGUAAGCUAGUCAUUCAGACUGUAUAACCAUGUGAAAUAAAAUACCAUUCAGACUGUAAAACCCUGCUAUUUAUAUGAGUGACUUUUGGUCAGAGUAAUAAACAUGAUUUUAAAACA